UUACUGAAUUUGCGAACAAGUGAAUAAACCUGCAGGUGAGUUAGGGGAAGGCAAGUAGGCAGAGAGAGCCGCACGGGCCUAACCCUUCCAUGGUGGGAUCAUCCGAGCAAGAAGGUAAAGCAGAACCAGAGUUCGACGAAUCCUUCUCCUUUCCAAUGACCUAGAGAGAUCCCGAAACAAAGAGGAAUUUACACGAGGCGUUAGGGGAGAGAGAGAUAGACGGGGAAGAGGGGAUGGGGAAGAAACCGCCAUUCUCCUUCCGCCGGACAACCAGCCGCCGCCGCCCGUCUCCGAAGUCACCGGAGGCGUCCCAUGCGGCGGCCGUCAAUAACUCGAUCUCCGCCAUGGUCGCCGCGUCCAGCAAGCCGAAGAAGAAGGCUGGCGGGGCGAGGCUCUGGAUGCGGUUCGACCGCUUCGGCCAAUCCGAGCUGAUCGAGUGCGACAAGAGCACCAUCAUCAACCGCGUCUCGAUUCCGGCUCGGGAUUUGAGGAUUCUUGGCCCUGUCUUCUCUUACUCCUCCAAUAUCCUCGCCAGGGAGAAAGCCAUGGUUGUCAACUUAGAGUUUAUAAAGGCUAUAGUCACAGCUGAAGAAGUACUGUUGCUUGAUCCUCUCCGGCAGGAGGUUCUUCCAUUUGUAGAUCAGCUGAGGCAACAACUUUCUCAUAAAAGCCCGUCCAAAGUUCGAGAAGGGGGCCAGAUGUCUCUUCAAGACGGUGAAAUGCAUGUGUCAACCAGAGGGCAAUGGCUACCUGUUCCCGAAUCUGCAGAAGGUUUACAAUGUGAACUCCCAUUUGAGUUUCAAGUCCUGGAGAUUGCAUUGGAGUUUGUCUGUACAUUUCUGGACUCUAGUGUGGCAGACCUUGAGCGAGAUGCUUACCCUGUAUUGGAUGAACUGGCAAGAGAUGUUAGCACCAAAAAUCUGGAGCAUGUUCGUAGUUUGAAAAGCAAUCUGACCCGAUUGCUUGCACGGGUUCAAAAGGUGCGCGAUGAAAUCGAACAUCUGUUGGAUGACAAUGAGGAUAUGGCACAUUUAUACUUAACAAGGAAAUGGAUUCAAAGUCAGCAAUCAGAGGGUUUGUUAGGUGGUUCAGCUUCAAAUAACAUUGCCAGUACUGGAUCACAUCUUCGCCGUCUAGGUUCUAGCAGGAGUGCAAGUUUAGUGUCAAGCAACUAUUUUGAUGACCAGGAUGUGGAAGACCUGGAGAUGUUGCUUGAGGCUUAUUUCAUGCAGCUAGAUGGGACUCGGAACAAGAUACUGUCUGUCCGCGAAUAUAUUGAUGAUACAGAGGAUUAUGUCAAUAUCCAACUUGACAACCAGAGAAACGAACUUAUUCAACUCCAGUUGACAUUGACCAUUGCAUCAUUUGCUAUUGCUGUCGAGACUCUUAUAGCUGGGUCAUUUGGCAUGAACAUCCCUUGUCCAUUGUACGAUAUUAAUGGGAUAUUCAACAUCUUCGUUGGAGCUGUUACUGCUGCCUGUGUAUUACUUUUCCUGCUUGUUCUGGGAUAUGCCAGAUGGAAGAAUCUGCUUGGGUCAUGACUCCUCCAUAGCAUGCUAUACCUGCCUUUAUGUAUUUAUUAAAAUGAAAAAAAAAUGCUAUAACUGUCCUUUGAUGCUAUAUAUUCAGAAGUUUAAUGGGCUUAUUCUUAUGCCCUGAAAGGCUGCAAUUAUAUAACCUUGAAAAGUCUUCGGGCCUCAUGGAAGUUCUGUUUUGUUUAUAUUUCAGAUUAUGGUAUAUAACAUAUAAUGCUUGAGAUC